AUGGACCUUGUGGGGGCAGACCCCUCAGCGCCCCCGGGCCCUUUGACUCACCUGAACCUGCUGGACAGCUCGGAGGCGCGGCCGCAGAGCGGAGCCGACGGGCGGAGCCUCCCGGGCAGUUGGACCAGGUCAUCCCCAGAGCCCGCCGCGGUCCUGAGGGAAGGCGUGCGCCGGUGCCUGCAGCAACAGUGCGAGCAGACGGUGCGGAUCCUGCACGCCAAGGUGGCCCAGAAAUCAUACGGAAACGAGAAGCGGUUCUUCUGCCCCCCGCCCUGUGUGUACCUCGCAGGUCCCGGCUGGAGGAUGAAGCCAGUGCAGGGCCAAGCCCACCAGGCAGGGGAGACCGGGCCCUUGGUCUGUGGUUACAUGGGUCUGGACGGUGCAUCUGGCAGCGCCGCCGAGACGCAGAAGCUGAAUUUCGAAGAGCAGCCGGACUCCAGGGAAUUCGGUUGUGCCAAGACCCUGUACAUCUCGGACGCAGACAAGAGGAAGCACUUCCGACUGGUGCUGCGGCUGGUGCUCCGAGGGGGCCGGGAGCUCGGCACUUUCCACAGCCGUCUCAUCAAGGUCAUCUCCAAGCCUUCACAGAAGAAGCAGUCGCUGAAAAACACCGACCUGUGCAUAUCCUCGGGCUCAAAGGUCUCCCUCUUCAACCGCCUGCGCUCACAGACGGUCUCCACACGCUACCUCUCUGUGGAGGAUGGGGACUUCGUAGCCAGCGCGCGCCAGUGGGCUGCCUUCACUCUCCACCUGGCUGAUGAACACUGUUCCCAGGGGGACUUCCCGCCUCGAGAGGGCUAUGUCCGCUACGGCUCCCUGGUGCAGCUGGUCUGCACGGUCACGGGCAUCACACUACCUCCGAUGAUCAUCCGCAAAGUAGCCAAACAGUGUGCACUCCUCGACGUGGAUGAGCCCAUCUCCCAGCUGCACAAGUGUGCAUUCCAGUUUCCGGGUGGCCCUCCAGGAGGGGGUGGCACCUACUUAUGUCUCGCCACAGAGAAGGUGGUGCAGUUUCAGGCCUCCCCCUGCCCGAAGGAGGCGAACAGGGCGCUGCUCAACGACAGCUCUUGCUGGACCAUCAUCGGCACCGAGUCGGUGGAAUUCUCCUUCAGCACCAGCCUGGCGUGUACCCGGGAGCCGGUCACUCCGGUGCCCCUCAUCAGCACCCUCGAGCUGAGUGGCGGGGGCGAUGUGGCUACCCUGGAGCUCCACGGUGAAAACUUACACGCGGGGCUCAAGGUUUGGUUCGGGGAUGUGGAGGCCGAAACCAUGUACAGGAGCCCGCGGUCCUUGGUGUGCGUGGUACCCGACGUGGCCGCCUUCGGCAGCGACUGGCGCUGGCUGCGCACACCCAUCACAGUGCCCGUGAGCCUCGUGCGCGCCGACGGCCUCUUCUACCCCAGCGCCUUCUCCUUCACCUACACCCCUGAGUACAGCGUGCGGUCCCGGCCCCUGGGAGCCCCCAUGGCCGCCGCCGACGCUGAUGCGCUCCUGGAGAGCAUUCAUCACGAGUUUACGCGCACCAACUUCCACCUCUUCAUCCAGACGUAG